UACAGGUAGCUUGUAUACUUCCGUGAUUAACAGACCCUUUUGGUUCUGUGUCCAUAUAGCAUUUAAACUGUUUGUACAAGUACACGAAACGUAUUUGUGCUGGUUUGUGUUUCAUGUGCUAUCAGUGUCAGACGUCAGAGAAUCUAUAGUGUGUUUACAUGUUUACAGUAGGAUCAUACAGAGAAUCAGACAUCAUUGGGUGUGACAGUUGCCUUUACCUUCACACUGCACGUCCGUGCCAGUUGUUCACUGAUUUUCCAUGAUGUCUCUGCUGGUGAUCUCUCUGCCUCUGCUCCCAGUUGUGGUCAUGAUGACAAUUCGGUUCCGCUCAUCACUUUUGGCCCUGUGUUGUCGGGUGUGUGCUGGCGUACUGAAGCUCUCACACAGAAAGGUCUGUGUCAGCUCCACUCAUGCUUACGUCUUCUCAAACUGCACCCAUGGACAGGCUCAGAGUGUUCUGCUGACAUUUGACCUCUAUUCCACCACACACGCUACCCUCAGCAUUGGCCCUCAAAAAGGUGAGUUGCUGGAUGAGAUUGUGAAGCGUGAAGCUCCACUAAUGGUUCUGGAGUUGGGUAUGCACUGUGGCUAUGCUUCGAUCAGAAUUCUGCGCCUGCUCCCUCCUUCUGGAAAACUGCUGGCCGUAGAGCUGGAUCCCCAGACGGCAGACAGAGGGGAGGAAAUCAUACUAGUGGCGGGUUUCAAAAACCCACAGUUUCAGGUACUGACAUGCUCGUCAGCUGAGGCCAUCUCGUCUUUAUCUUCUCACCUUGGGGACAGUCGUCUGGAUCUGGUUCUGAUGGAUCAUGACCCUGAGCAGUACCUCCCAGACCUGCUGGCUCUACAUAGAGGGAAGCUGCUGUCUGCCUUCUGUGUUGUGUUGAUCAACAGAGCUCUGACAUCUGGAGCUAAAGACCUGCUGGAGUAUGUAACCGCCAGACCUCUGAGCUACAGCAUAGGCAGACAACUCGAUGGAAUGAUGGAGUUACAUUGCCACAUGGCUGUUCAUUCAGAGGGGUCUUAGCAGAGGGGUAUAUGAGUAAAAACUGUUAUCCUCAAGUCACUCUGAAUACACAAACAUUAAAGUAUUUGGGACAAUGUCGUUGAGAAUUAUCUAUUGGUUUGAAUGUUGGUAAAAAUAAAACUCAGAUGUUACAGCCCUGACUUAA